UUUGUCAUAAAUUCUUGGUCGUAAACAACCAAAAGGCGACCAGCUUUUUCGUGGGGUAUAAAAUAGGAAAAUUAUUGAAAAAAGCUUCAGUUUGUGUGUUGUGGUGGAACAGCAUGAGGUUGACAGCUGUCUUAUUGGUCUUUUGCUUGUCGGCGGCUUUGGCUGCCGAAAAGCCAUCGAAAUCUGAAAACAAAAAACGUAGUUUAAGCCAUAUUUCGUACUCUUCACCAAAUAACUUGCUCAACUCCUACUCCUAUGGAGUCGGCGGUUCCGUGGCUUUACCUGCAAGUUCCAGUUCUGUAGGAUCUGGAUUUGGGUCGUACUCUGCUUACGGAUCUGCAGCGGCACCUGCCGUUUCCAACUUCGGAGCUUCUAGCGUAGGCGUGAGCAGCAUCGCCUCAUCCUCAGAUGUGAACAGUUUCGGUUCAUCCGCGGCAGCAGUACCAAGUGCCUCUGUACAAAGUCUGGGAGCUGUUGGAGCGUCAGGUAUUUCCGGCUUGGGAUCUAGCCUCGAUUCUUCUUCUUCGGGCGUUGGUGUCAACGGUGUCAAUUCCUACAGCGCGUAUGGUGCAAACUCAUACAGCCCUGCAUCCUACGCCUAUGGUUACGGAAAUGGCCAAUACAUUAAUUUGGGCACAUCUUCCUCCGUGCAUCCGGUUACUACUUACGUAUCCCACCCAGUUACCACCCAGCAUGUUGUUUAUACCAAAACCGUCGGGGUACCUGUUCCACAGCCCUAUCCGGUAACCGUGGAAAAGAAAGUCCCCGUUCCUGUUCAAGUAGAUCGUCCUUACCCGGUAACGGUUGUUAAACAAGUCCCGGUACACGUAGAUAGGCCGGUUCCUUAUCCAGUAGAUAGGCCCUAUCCAGUAGAGAAAAAGGUACCUUAUCCGGUACCCGUCGACCGUCCUUACCCGGUAACCGUGGAAAAGAAAGUGCCAUAUCCCGUAGAAAAACCUUACCCCGUCCAAGUUCCGGUACCACAACCGUACCCGGUGACGGUUGAGAAGAAAGUGCCGUAUCCAGUAGACAGGCCUUACCCGGUACACAUUGAGAAGCAAGUGCCCGUGCCAGUUCCCUACAAAGUGGAGGUACCCGUCGACAGACCGUACCCCGUCCAUAUCGAAAGGAAAGUGCCGUACCCAGUAACGGUAGACCGUCCCGUACCCGUACCCGUUGAGAGGAAAGUGCCAUACCCAGUACCGUACAAAGUACCUUACCCCGUCGACCGCCCAUACCCAGUCACGGUUGAAAAGAAAGUGCCUUUUCCGGUUGAUAGACCUUAUCCUGUCCAGGUUGAGAAGAAAGUACCGUAUCCGGUUCCGGUAGACCGUCCAGUUCAAGUUACCGUAGAAAAGCAGGUGCCAGUUCCAGUCGACAGACCCUACCCAGUUACCGUUGAGAAACAAGUGCCAUAUCCAGUACAAGUAGACAGAAUAGUGACCGUUGAAAAGCAAGUGCCGGUAGCGGUUGCCCAGCCCGUGGUGCAGUCUGUCGUCCAACAACCUUCAGUGUCUGUAUACCCUUCGGCAGUACAAACCUUCGCGUCCCAGGGAGUAUCGGUAGAGCCUGUAGUGGCCUUCCAAAAGUCUAUCGAGUUGUCGGGCUACAGCAGCCAGGUUUUCCCCGGAGCCAGUAAUGCAUUUUCCUCUGGUGUCGCUAACGGGUUUUCCUCCAACGGAGUAGUAUCCAGCGGUGGAGUAGCAGUACCCUCCAACGGAUUCGCAUCGGGUGCAGUUUUUCCAUCAGGCGACAUCGUAUCCAGUGUGGUUCCUUCCAGCGGAGUUGUCGUACCGAGCGGAGUAUCCAGCGGCGUAGUGUCGGCUGGGGCUGCGGACAGCGCAGCAUUCGGCUCCUCCUUCUCGCAGGAUAGCUCGUCUUCGGUCGCUGCUGCCUCCGGUUUCAACGGAGUUUCCGGAUACUCUGGAUCUUCUUCCGGGGUGGCCGGAUCUGGGAUUGGAAGCCAAUUGGUAGGUGAGAACGCUUCGUUCAAGUCGUCCUUCGGCGCUGCUAGCGCUGGAUCUUCUGGGGUGGUUCAGCAGCCAGCCGUGUUGGUGAAAAGCCAAAGUUUCGUCAACAACGUACCCAACGUGUCCAGUGGCAGCGGGUUCAGUUAUUACAAACGCGAGGCCAAAAAGGAAGACAAGAAGAACUAGGUCGGAAUUUGUCGUUGUAAUUAGUAAUUAAGUGUAAAAAGACUUGUUUCACUCUCUCUCGAGCAUUUUAUUUUUGUUGAUUUAUACAUUAUAAAGCAACAAAGAUAAGAAAUGUUUUAAUUACGCGAGUAAUAAAUGAAUAUGAAUAA